AUGGCAAUUCCUAUUAUUCUUCGUUUUUGGCUUCUUCUAAUCUUUAUGAUUCCAUCAAUUCUAAGUUCUAUCUUUUGUCUUUAUUAUUUUCUUGUUGAUCGAACACUUCGCAAAGCUCUUAAUAAUCAUGUGAUUAUUUUUAUUCUUUUUCUAUGUCUUUUGUAUAACAUCACUGACAUAAUAUGGCUCAUUCAUUAUUUUCGUACUAGUUCAUCUUUAUCAUCAACACGAAUCUUUUGUCUCAUAUGGGUAUAUAGUGAUUAUGCUUCAUAUGUAUCAAUAUCAUGUCUUACAGCUUGGGCAUCUGUUGAACGGCAUAUUCUUAUUUUUCAUCAAAAUUUAACUGCAACACAAACAAAACGUUUUCUUUUCCAUUACUUACCAUUAAUUAUAUUUAGUGCUUAUCCGUUUAUAUAUUAUAUUGUUAUAUUUUUUAUUUUGCCAUGUAAAACUGUACCUGAUUACACAAUGCCACGAUGUGGUCUUGUUAAUUGUGUAUAUGAAAACGCAUCCAUUGGACUGUGGGAUGGACUAGCAAAUAAUAUCAUACCCUCAUUUAUUAUUGUGAUAUUUAGUUUAGCUCUUAUUGGACGUGUAUGGUAUAAUAAAUAUCGAAUGGGUCAACGGUUUCAAUGGAGAAAUUACAAAAAAUUGACAGUUCAAUUAUUAUCGAUAUCUGUUCUCUAUUCUGCUUUUCUUUUUCCACCAAUGCUGUUGUACACUGCUUACUCAGCCGGUCUAUCAUAUGAUGUAGGUGCUGAGUUCUAUUCUUCUAGUUUAUUUUUUAGUUACUUUGUUACACUGCUCAUUCCUUGCGUAUGUAUUGUUUCAUUACCUGAACUUCGAACAAAACUUUAUAAAGUGACUCGAAUGUACCGACGAGUGAAUCCUAUUAUUAGCAUGAGAAUGUUACCAAUUUCACGUCUAGGAGAUGGUCGAACAGCUAGAGUAGCACCUGUUCUUUCAUAG